AUGCCUCCGCCGCUGAACAGAUUUCCUACUGGGCCCACCACCAUCUCGCCCUACCAUCAGCAAUAUCCUGCCCAUGCCCAGCAUGCGGCAGCUCAUCCGCCGCCACUCGGGGCGGCCCAGGCCUACCUCAAUACCCAGGUCGGCCAGGUGAAUCCCUAUGCCGCGGCUAACAGCAAUCUCCUAGGUAUGGCGGGGGGGCUCAACACCGGUACUGCUGGCUUUGGUGUUGGCGCCGACGCCGGCCUGGCGAGCCAUGCCGGCAGGAUGGGCUUUGCGCACGCAGCGGGUUUGCAACAGCCUCAGCAAGCACAACAACAACAGCAGCAGCAGCAGCAACUGCUCCAACAACAGCACGUCGCCCAACAUGCCCAAGCCGCCCAGUCCUUCCAACACGCCCAGCAUCUACAACACCAGGCCCACAGCCUGGCUGAUCACACGAUUCGCGUUGCGCAGAACAAGGGGAGGAUAAGGGAGGUGUGGAAGCACAACCUGCACGAGGAGAUGGCCGUCCUGAGAGAGCUGGUUGACAAGUACCCGUACAUUGCCAUGGACACCGAGUUUCCCGGCGUUGUGUCAAGGCCCAUGGGUGGUUUCCGCGGUAAGAGCGAUUACCACUAUCAGUGUCUGCGGACCAACGUGGACAUGUUGAAGGUCAUACAGAUCGGCAUCGCUCUGUUCAACGAGAACGGCGAGCAGCCGCCGGCGCGCCCAUCGCCGAACGAUCCCCCCGAGCUGCGCCGCGCUGCCGCGAAUGGACCCCUGCCUUAUGCCUGGCAGUUCAACUUCAAAUUCUCACUCAAGGACGACAUGUACAACCAGACUUCGAUCGAGUCCCUCCAGCAGGCAGGCAUAGAUUUCUCCCUGCUGGAGCGCGACGGCAUAGACCCACAUGAAUUCGCCUCGCUGCUGAUCCCUUCGGGGUUGGUCUGCUUCGACGAUGUGCGCUGGAUUAGCUUCCACGGCGGCUACGACUUUGGCUACUUGACAAAGUUGCUCGUUUGCCGUCAGCUGCCCGGUGACGAGGUUGAGUUUGACCAGCUCAUGAAACUUUACUUUCCCUGUACCUACGAUGUUAAGCACCUCAUGAAGCACGCCAUCAAGCUACAUAAUAGCGGCAUGCUGACCCCCUCCGACCCUGGCACUACCGAGAUCCUGCAGAAGUUUGAGCAGAAAUCAGGCCUCGAAAAUAUCGCCGAUGUCCUCAAACUCAAGCGCAUCGGGAGCGCCCACCAAGCAGGCAGCGAUGGCCUGCUGACUGGUCGCGUCUUCUUUGAAUUGCGCAAGCGCAUCUUUAACGGCGAGAUUUCGGACGAGCAUCUCGGCAAGGUCUGGGGCUUGGGUAUUCCGGAUUGGUCCAUCAACCCGGGCGUGACCUUGGGCAAUCCUAACAACACCAAUCCUGGCAAUGCUGGCGUUAGCAACAAUGCAAACGCGAACAACACCGACAAGCAGGCCGAGACGAACGGCAACGCUAAUAACGCCUCCGGCGCGAACCAGAACGGCGCCUGCCCUAGCACCCCCAACACUGGUAACUCCGGCCUGGCGAACUCCUCCAACACCCCUGCUGUCACCACAAACGGCAACAAUUCCUCAACCGCUGUUGCUUCUGCUGCCAGCACCACCACCGGUGGCGGCGCCGGCCCUAUGACACCCGGCGGAGGCGGCGGCGUCUUUGGUCAGUUUGCUUACGGCGGGAACGCCCGGUAA